CCGUCCCCGCCGCCGCCACCGUGGCUGUGGCUGCUGCUGCUGGCGGCCGUGGGGCCGGCGCGCGGCUGGGAGAGCGGAGACCUGGAGUUGUUUGACUUGGUGGAGGAGGUGCAGCUCAACUUCUACCAGUUCCUCGGGGUGCAGCAGGAUGCUUCAUCUGCAGACAUCAGAAAAGCAUAUCGUAAGCUUUCACUAACUUUACAUCCAGACAAGAAUAAAGAUGAAAAUGCAGAAACUCAGUUUAGACAAUUGGUGGCCAUUUAUGAAGUUUUAAAGGAUGGUGAACGAAGGCAGAGGUAUGAUGAUAUUCUGAUCAAUGGACUUCCAGAUUGGCGACAGCCUGUAUUCUACUACAGGCGGGUGAGAAAAAUGAGCAAUGCUGAGCUGGCAUUACUCUUGUUCAUUAUUCUCACAGUGGGUCAUUAUGCUGUGGUUUGGUCAAUCUACCUGGAAAAACAGCUGGAUGAACUGCUUAGUAGAAAAAAGAGAGAAAAGAAAAAAAAGACAGGAGGCAAGAGUGUGGAUGUAUCAAAACUUGGUCCUUCAGAAAAAAAUGAAAGAUUGCUGAUGAAACCACAAUGGCAUGAUUUGCUUCCAUGCAAGCUGGGAAUUUGGUUUUGCCUUACACUAAAAGCAUUGCCUCAUCUAAUCCAGGAUGCUGGGCAGUUUUAUGCUAAAUAUAAAGAAACAAGAUUGAAGGAAAAGGAAGAUGCAUUGACUAGAACUGAACUUGAAACCCUUCAAAAACAGAAGAAAAUUAAAGUUAAAAAACCAAAACCUGAAUUUCCCACAUACGUGCCUUUAGAAAGUACAUAUAUUCAGUCUUAUGAUCAUGGAACUUCUAUAGAAGAAAUUGAGGAACAGAUGGAUGCUUGGCUGGAAAACAGGAGCAGAACACAGAAAAAACAGGCACCUGAAUGGACAGAAGACGACCUCAGCCAGCUGACAAGAAGUAUGGUUAAGUUCCCAGGAGGGACCCCAGGUCGAUGGGAAAAGAUUGCCCAUGAAUUGGGUCGAUCUGUGACAGAUAUAGCGAGGAGAUAGAGAAGAUUUUAUAUGUUGCU